CAAGGUUUUUGCAACGGGUCUGAUAUUAUGCUGUGUUUUUUUAUUUUUCGGUAGAACAAAAACCCUAACACUAAACCCACCGUUUUCCCUGUGCGAGUUCCAUCGUCAGCUUUGCUCCUAACGCCAGAUUGCAAAGGAAGCUCUAUCCUCAGCAAACCUGAUAAAGUGGGAGCUUGUGCGGCGGGCAUAGUAUUUGGAAGCCAAGAUGCAGGCUUGUGGUGGAGCUGCAGUGAUGGGUUCUCUUCAACAGCCCACUUGGACCAAAGGAACAACUUUUCCAAACAAGAGGCUUAGCUUUGGUGGAUAUUCACAUCAAUUAAAACUCAAUUACGUGAAGACCCGUAGAUCUUCUUCUUACAUUGAAGGAAGCUUGGUUGCUGGAAGGCCAUCCUCUUCUGUCUCUGUGCCUUUGCCAGAAAUUGGAGGCGAUGGAAGCAGUUUUAUAGACAAUGGGUUAAGUGAGGCUGACCCUGAGGUGUGUGGUAUUAUUGAAAAGGAGAAGGAGCGACAGUUCAAGAGCCUUGAGCUUAUUGCCUCAGAAAAUUUUACAUAUCGGGCAGUGAUGGAGGCAGUUGGCUCAUGUCUCACGAACAAGUAUUCGGAAGGAUUACCAGGUAAAAGGUACUAUGGUGGCAAUGAGCACAUUGAUGAGCUUGAAACACUAUGCCAAAAAAGGGCACUGGAUGCAUUUCACUUAGAUGGAAAGAAGUGGGGUGUGAAUGUUCAACCAUUAUCUGGUUCUCCUGCAAAUUUUGAGGUUUAUACUGCAGUUCUGAAACCUCAUGACCGUCUCAUGGGUUUGGACUUGUCUCACGGGGGACAUUUGUCUCAUGGUUUCAUGACUCCUAAAAGACGGGUAUCAGGCACAUCCAUUUAUUUUGAGUCCAUGUCCUAUCGACUAAAUGAAUCCACAGGUCUCGUUGAUUAUGACAAGCUUGAGGAAAUGGCUGACCGGUUUAAACCAAAACUCAUUAUUGCCGGGGCUAGUGCUUAUCCUCGUGAUUUUGACUAUCCUCGCAUGAGGAAGAUUGCGGAUGCUGUUGGUGCUUUUCUUAUGAUGGAUAUGGCUCACAUAAGUGGUCUUGUUGCUGCUUCUGUGCUUGCAAAUCCUUUUGACUACUGCGAUAUUGUGACCACAACAACACACAAGUCUUUAAGAGGCCCAAGAGGUGGAAUGAUCUUCUUCAAGAAAGAUACAGUUCUUGGGGUUGAUUUAGAAUCUGCCAUCAACAAUGCUGUUUUUCCAGGUUUACAGGGUGGUCCUCAUAACCACACUAUUGGGGGCCUUGCAGUUUGCUUGAAGUAUGCACAGUCCCCAGAAUUUAAGGCUUACCAGAACAAGGUGGUCUCUAAUUGUAGGGCUCUUGCAAGCCGAUUGACUGAACUUGGAUACAAACUAGUUUCUGGUGGAAGUGAUAAUCAUCUGGUUCUUGUGGAUUUGCGGCCUUUAGGUAUUGAUGGAGCUCGGGUGGAGAAAAUUCUUGACAUGGCUUCUAUUACCCUCAACAAGAAUUCAGUACCUGGUGAUAAAAGUGCUGUAGUGCCCGGUGGCAUUCGCAUUGGAUCACCUGCCAUGACGACAAGGGGAUUCACCGAGAAAGAAUUCAUAGCAGUUGCGGACUACAUUCAUGAGGGUGUGCAGAUAACGAUUGAUGCUAAACGCGCAGUAUCAGGAUCAAAGCUUCAAGAUUUUAUGAGGUUUGUUGCUUCCCCUGAAUUCUCUCUAAAGGAUCGGGUGUCAGAUCUGCAGAGAAGAGUUGAAGGGCUUACCACCCAGUUCCCAAUACCUGGAGUAUAAAUCGUAUAGUUAGACACAUGUGGUCAAUGUUCUCAUAACGAAAUGCGAGUUUAAUUACUUCUGUUGUAACAUGCCUGCACAACUAUUUUAAAGUAGCAUGUGGACGGCUACCUUAGAGUUCCGGCAUGGAAAGUUUUACAGCUAGAAUGCUUUUUCUCGUGUA